AUGUCGAGCACUGCUGCUCACCUGCAGAAAAUCACGGGGCUCAAGGAGGACCGCGCCAAGGAGUGCUUUCACGCCUUCGGUAGCUACCCCGCCGCCCUCGCGUCGUUCGCGCAGUCGUUUUCUUCCAUUCCGAUUGACUUCUUCGAGGAUGCGAAGGUGGCCCUCACAAAUACGAACAAGAUCAACGAUGAGCUGCGCGUCAUUUUUCGCAAAGCGCGAGAGUUGAAGGCCAAGUCAGGCAAGUCGGACGCGGAAGUGUGGAAGAUGUUUUCGGCAGAGCAAGAGGCGCUGUCAGUGACCGCGACGCCGACGAUUCAGAGUUCAGUGCUGGGGGAGGCACCAGCGUCACAGAAGAGCAUCUUCAGCUCUCCCUCUGCGGCCAAUCCGUUGUCGACCGACUCAAGCGCCGCGUUCCCUUCCAGCUUUCCCACUGCUGCCGGAGCCUCGGUGUUCGGGUUCGGGACAUCUGCACCGAAGUCGACGCCGACAACUCAGGGCUCGGUGCUGGGGGAGGCACCAGCGACGCAGAAGAGCAUCUUCAGCUCUCCCUCUGCGGUCACUCCGUCGACAGCCGGUGCAAGCACCUUCGGCUUUGGUGCUGCAGCUUCCACAAAGACCACGCCAACGCCCAGCGCAAAGCAAGUGUUCGGCCUCGGCAACGUAGCCACGACAACCCCGACGUCCGCCCUUGGUGAGGCAGUACCGGUUUCGUUCGGCUUCGGCAAGACUGCUGAGACGAGCGUCACGACGGCUACAGGUCCGGCAGUGUCCAGCUUUGGUUCGACUGUCGAGGCAGCCACUGCCGACCACGCGUCAGAGAAGAAGCCCGUGAAGUACUGUGAGCCGACACAUUUCACCGGCCCCUACUUUGACAUGCCCCUCUUCUGGCAGCUAGAGGUUGUGGAGCGGGCGCCGCUGCUGAACCUGAACAACGGAUUUCUGGAGGCGCACAAAGAGGAGCUGCGGCCGCGACUGGAAAAGUGGGUGGCGAAGGCCGCGUUCUACCGCAAGCCUGUGCAGUACGUGCAGAUCGAAGACGAGGAUGAGGAUGUGGUGCGCGUCAUUAUCAAGGAUGCAGACCGUACCUUCUUUCAUCCAGACCACCGCCGUAAGAUGGUGGCAUUCCUGAACGCUAUGUACCACGAGUUCCACGCGUACGGCCAGGCCAUGAGCUACCUUGCUGGCUUGUGCAUGCUUGUGCUGACCGAGGUCGAGACGGCGGCUGUGAUCCGGUUUGUCGCGACGGAGUACCUGAAGGGACACUGGGCAGCGGAGGCGGUGGGCUUCGCCACGAGUGCGUGGGUGGUGGAGUACUUUAUGCAGAAAAAGCAGCCCGAGGUAGCGAAGCAUCUGGCAAAGCUCAAUUUCUGGCCAGACACAUAUCUGCAGAAGAUCUUAACAGGUUUGUGCAUUCACGUGCUGCAGUUCAACGAACUCUUUAGCUUCUUGGAUGCCUUUAUGCAAGGAGGCAUGCGGUUUCUCAUCCGCUUCUGCCUCGCCAUUGUCGAACACUUCCGCACCGAACUGCUCGCCAUCAAGGACUCCACCGAGGCGAAUGAGCUGUACGAGCUGAUGCGACUGGAUCAUCGCGUCGCUGACCACGAGGAUGUCCUCGCCAUCCUUCAGCGGGCACCGUCCAUUGACCUCGGCGAGGAUGGGGACAGCGUCGACCUCAUCCGCAGCCAGGUCUACGAGAAGCGCAUUGCUCCUCGCCUGCAGCGGGCGCCGAAGACAGAGACGUUUGAGCCGUGCGAAAUCUGCGACAAGAAGCGACCGAAGUGGUGGAACGAAGGCCUCGGUGCGGUGUGUGAUGACUGCAAGGCCAUCCACCCAGGCAUCGAGUUCGAAAAGUACUGA